AUGACUCCAAAUCCUACUGAUCUCAACCCUUCAGAUAGCGAACACUUUGAACUCUUUGGACACCAGAUUGCCACAGUGGCCUCUGCUCUUCACGAAGAUGUUUCUGAAGUCACAAUAGAGUAUAUGAGUGGCGGUUCUUACAAUCGAGUAACGGGUGUCAGCAUCGCCCCAGGACAUAGACGAACCAAACUUGAGUGGGUUUUCUCCACGCUUAGCUCCUAUCUUCCCACUCGGCUCCUCCAGAUGUUCAAAACACCAGAGGAUACAGGAAUCUCAUACGUUGUUCGAAUUCCUCGCUUUAUCAACAAAAACACAAUGGAUACCAUGGCUCGCGAUAUCGCCAUUCUUAAAACUGUUGGAGCGCUUGUCCAACUGCCCAUUCCACGGGUAGUAGGGUACGACCUAACAUUCCAGAAUACUAUUGGAAAGCCGUACAUGAUCCAGAACCGUCUUCCAGGCGAGAACCUUUCUUCCUUGACGAAAGAUGUCCCUCUGAACUUGGAACAGUUGAAGUGCGUCGCCGAACAAGUCUCUCAACUCGCUCCUAUCAUCGCUGCAGUUGAGGGACCAGGCGGCAACAUAUCACCUUCUGCUCUAUCUUCGGAUGCAAAGAGCCUCCAGGUCGAGAGCCUCCACUUGCAGCAUGAAGAACUCGGAGAUCGGGCUUUCGACUUGUCCAAACAUCCCCAGGACACAUUCGAGCACCUCAUUGAAACUUGUCGGCGCUGGAGCGAGUACUGUACAGAAGACGGCCUGCCGUUUAAUGAGAUUUGGUACAAUUUCGGUAUAAUCAUCAAGUCCCUCAAUACUCGUGGUUUCCUCAACGGACCAUGCGUAUUGGCUGAUCGAGAUCUUAUGCCAUACAAUCUACUUGCAGAGGUCCGCAACGACACCCAAGUUCAGAUCACGGGCGUCAUUGACUGGGACUCUGCGACCAUGGCGCCCGAAUUCGUCGCCUACAAGGCGCCGUACUGGUUAUGGACAGAAGAACAUGUGGACAGUGACUACGCUGACACGGAAGAAUGUGCGAACAUCGUCCCCGUUACUGAAGACGCAAAGAUUCUUAAGCAAGUUUUCAUGGAUAAUGCUUCAGAGAAGUACAAGCGCUUUGCCUUUGCCCCCGAGGCUAUCCUUGCAAGGCGCAUGUACGUCAUCUUGAAGGAGGGCAUUCCCAAAGACUGGCAUAUUGAGGAGGCGUGGAAGAUUGUUAGUGAGUGGCAUGCGCUUCACCCGGAAGACGGAAUCACGCCUCCAGAGGAAGAUCCGGACUGCCAGCUCUACGAAGGUUGA